CUGGAAACUCCUCAUUAAAUAUUCGUCUUUAGUGUGUUUUGAUAAUCUUUUGGAUCUGUAGCUAUAUUUUCUAAAGUCAUGUGGGUUCCGUUCCUCGCCGUGUUUGGAUUGUUCUUUACACGAGUCUUGGCCUUAUCUGAUCCUCUUCCAUCUGCUUUAAUUGAGCCAUUCUCAACAUCAAUCCGAUGUCCUCCGAGCAAACAAUUCCACUGGACAAGAUCAGACACUACCGGAUUAGACAUUGUGUUUUACUACACUUGCGGUCAAGGCGAAGAAAUGUCCCAAACCCUACAUUGGACCAAUGGCUACAAGGCUCAGUACAGAAAAGACCUUAUCCCAGACGCCAUGAAAAAGGCUGCCAUUCCAAUGGCCAUGAAAAAAGGUUUCAUUACCGGACUAGACCAGGAACCUUCCUUUGGGCUCUUUUCCACGGGGCCCAAUUAUAACACUAAAAAUGGAGCCGUGGUGGUCUUUGCAUGCCUUAACCCAAACAAAUGACCGUGCUGUCGUGCGAGACAUCUACUGUGCAUGCUUGGCUAUGGUUAACGAUUCAAGUGAAAAUCACAUGUUAUAAGCCCCAGACGUAGAAAUGUUCUUCAUUAUUUUCUGAGCAGAUAUUCUACAAAUAGCCAUCCUAAAAAACAUUCUUGUAACAUUUUCAGAUAGAACUCGAGGCCAGGUUGUAUAGGUGAGCAUGUUUACUGCUCAUGCAUUUAUGAAUAAAAGGAAUCAAUUCAGGUGAAGAGUGGUGGUAUUUACGAUAUUGAAGUGCCUGGAUAAUAACUAUACAUUUUUCUUUACUAUGAUUCUUUCAU